GGACCUAAAAUGUUUUCGUGCUGCCUAUUUUGUGCGUCACUACGCUAAGCGAGCAAAUGACAUGAAGUAUUUAAAUGUUGCUGAAAAACACGAUGCGGCCAAAACCAUAGCUAAUCUCCUUUCACAGGGAUCGGCAAGACGGCGCGAGGGCUACUCUGUGUACAAUAAGGUCUUCGAUUUUGAAGCCCAGGUUCGUGGUCAAAAUGCCAAAAUGGUAAUGACGUCCGUAUCCGGCCAUUUAAUGCAUCUGGAGUUUUUGGUUUCGUAUCGCAACUGGCGGACUGUUGAUCCUUCUGCACUGUUCGAUGCUCCAGUGCGGAAGGCCGUCGCCGAGGACUAUCAGCCAAUCAAGCGGACCCUAGAACGCGAAGUACGUGGCUGCCAGGGUCUAAUAAUUUGGACGGAUUGCGAUCGCGAAGGUGAAAAUAUUGGAUUCGAAGUCGUCGAUGUAUGUCGUGCCAUCAAACCAAACCUUACUGUCUAUCGCGCCAGUUUCUCAGAAAUUACGACGGUCGCAGUGCGUCGUGCACUACAGCAAUUGGGACCACCGGAUAAACGACAGAGCGAUGCGGUGGAUGUGCGCACAGAGCUGGAUCUACGCACUGGAGCGGCAAUAACUCGCUUCCAAACUAUGCGUCUGCAGCGCCUAUUUCCGCAAGGUAUCGCGGAUAAGCUCAUCUCAUAUGGUAGCUGUCAGAUACCCACCCUCGGCUUUGUCGUGGAGCGUUACAAGGAGGUUGAGGCUUUCGUUUCGGAGCCUUUCUGGAAGAUUAGAGUGCUGCACACCAUUGAGGACUUGACCGUCGAAUUCAACUGGGCGCGCAAUCGCCUUUUCGACAAAGAAGCCUGCGAAAAUUAUUUGGUCUUAUGUCUAAGCGAUCCACGCGCCAAAGUGGAGAGUGUCACAGUGAAGCCGAAGCACAAGUGGCGACCUACAGCAAUGGAUACCGUUGAGAUGGAAAAGCUGGGCUCACGAAAAUUAAAACUGUCCGCUAAAGAGACAAUGUCUAUUGCCGAAAAACUGUACACCAAAGGUUUCAUCAGCUAUCCACGCACAGAGACCAAUCAAUUUUCCAAGGAAUUUAAUCUGACGCCGCUGGUCGAGCAGCAGACUGGCCACGACAAUUGGGGCGCGUUUGCACAGCGAGUGCUCGAAUGGGGACCAAGUCCGCGAAAUGGUAACAAAUCGGAUCAGGCACAUCCACCGAUACAUCCCACCAAACUAGUUACCAAUCUGGCUGGGAAUGAGGCGCGCGUCUAUGAGCUGAUUGUGCGACACUUUCUGGCCUGCGUCAGCAAAGAUGCGGUUGGGUCUGAAACAAUAGUUAAUAUCGACAUUGCCGGGGAGAAGUUUAGUGCCAAUGGAUUGGUUAUUCACGAGCGUAACUACCUGGAUGUGUAUGUGUACGAUAAGUGGAGUGCCAAACAAAUACAUCACUACGAGCAAGGCCAGGUGUUUGAACCCACCGAGAUAGCGCUGCAUGAAGGCGCAACUACAGCACCUCCACUCCUCACUGAGGCGGAUUUAAUAGCGCUGAUGGAGAAGCACGGUAUUGGGACAGAUGCCACGCAUGCAGAGCACAUUAAUACAAUUAAGGAGCGGGGCUAUAUUGGCGUUGUGGAUAAGGGAGCAAUCGUGCCGGGCGUUAUUGGAAUGGGCCUCUAUGAGGGCUACGAUGCCAUGGAGCUGGCGCUAGCGAAGCCGCUGUUACGUGCUGAGUUUGAAGCAGAUCUGAAACGCAUAUGCCUUGGCGAAAAAGAUCCCAAGCUGGUGCUCAGUGAACAAAUACAAAAGUACAAGCAGGCAUAUCAACAAAUUAUGGAUAAAAUAACAGCAAUGGAUGAGAAAAUUGCGCAGCGUUUAAAUGAAGCACCAACGGCGGGCCGCGGAGGUAACGCAAAUGACGACAAUGGUGGUGGUGCGGGUGGCGGUGUAGGCGGCUCUCUAGCAGAUGGCACGAACUUCAUUCAACAGCUCUAUGAAUGCCCGAAAUGCAAAGUAGCACCUCUGGCACUUAAGCCGAAGAAAAAUCAGACGGGAUACUUCAUUGGCUGCCUAAACUAUCCGGAUUGCAAAAAUGUUGUUUGGCUGCCGGAUGAGUGCAAAGAGCCAUCCGUUUUAGACGAACACUGCGAGCGUUGUGGUGCCAACUACAAACUGCUGAAAUUCAAGCUAAGCAGCGCCUAUUAUCGCACACUCUUUAAGGCGCCAUAUGGCUGGUACAAGACCUGCUUGCGCUGUGAUGGUCAGUUUCGCAGCACGUUCAACAUUAACGUGGAUAGCGUGAAGGCUGUAGGAGGCAUUGUGGGCGAGGCACCCAGGCAAGCGCCUGCGAGAACCAACAGGCCGGGCAAUGAUACGCAACCCAAGGCGAAAGUCAAGAAGCCACCACCACCAGGCAGUAGUGGCACAGAAACUCAAGCAAAGUCUAAGAAAAGCAGCACCACAACAGCAAGUAGGGGCAGAGCUGCUGGCAAUUUGCGCAGCUAUUUUACAGCGAGCAGCACUCGCGGCAAUAACAACAUAACAAGUACAGGUAGUGACACAGUCGCCUUCGAUGAUUUCUUUAAUAGCAACGAUGGCUUUGAUCAGGAUCUGUUAACGGCUGCAGCGAUGGCAGAGUCAAGUGGAAAUAUGCCUCCCAAAGAAGUCAAAGAUAUUGCGGAUGCCGCUUUGAUAGAUGACAUAGCCGCUGCUUUUGCUGCCGAUGACGAUGCAGACUUUGAGGCGCUGCUGAAUGUCGACAGUAAUGCACAGCCCCCACCGUCUCCACCCCCUGGUGGGGUAGCUACUACCACUGCGGCCGCUACUGCCACCGCAGCGUGGCCAACCGCUGAUUUGGAUACCAGCUUAACCAGCUGGAUGCGUCAUCAGUACGAGGCAGAGGAGGAGCCAAUGACUUGGGGUACCAAAGGACGUAGCACAUACGCCGCAGCAACAGUCCCUCCGGCAGCAAAGCGGCCACGCCUAAGUAAUGAGUGGCAACCAAAUGAUAAUGAUGAUGAUGCUGGAACUGCAACUGGGUCGGUGGUGCUUUGCAGUGGUUGCCAUCAACCAGCACGGGGGCAGAUUGUGCGCAAAGAUGGGCCCAACAAGGGGCGUUCGUUCUACCGCUGCCCCAAGUCAAACCAAUGUAAAUUCUUUCAAUGGGCCGAUGAGCAGCCGGCAAGUUCUGCAAACUCUGCGACGCCAAACAAUACGUGGGGUACCAGAAACGCGACGCCCCCAACAACUAGAGAAUCAAGUAAUUAUAGCUGGGGUAGCGCCCAGACAGCUUGGGGCAGCGGUUCCAGAAACGAUGCUGUCGAAAAUAAUUCGACGCCCCCUACAAUUAGAGAAUCAAGUAAUUAUAGCUGGGGUAGCGCUCAGACAGCUUGGGCCAGCGGUUCCAGAAACGAUGCUAUGGAAAACAAUUCGUCGAAGACCAGGAGUAACAAUAAUGAAACAUAUUCAUGGGGCUCGGGGUCAGGCUCGCAAUCCAGCACUUCAAAUUGGUCAGCCAGUCGCUCCAACUUUAACGGCACCAUGACUAUCACAAAAACCGCCCACGACACAAAUGCUGUUCAAUGCAAAUGCAAUAAACCCGCCAGCAGCUUAACUGUACGUAAGGAUGGUCCCAAUCAGGGACGUCCAUUCUACGCCUGUCCAAAUCGUGAAAAGUCCUGUGGUUUCUUUCAAUGGGGCGAUGUGGAUGGCAAUCAAGCAAGCACUUCAAAAGCUGCCGCCGCGCCGUCAAGUUCACAAAAUCAAGGCAGCAGAGAUGGUUCUAGUUCGGGGUCGGGUAAUCGAGCACGUCGCUGUGGACUUUGCCGGCAGGAGGGUCACACAAAGAAUAAAUGUCCCCGCAAGAGCCAAUUUGAGUAUUAGCUCAAGCCUUUGAAUACUUUUAAGAUUUUGUAAAUCAGGUUUGUUAUGUAAAUACAAAUAAAUAUUGUAACAGUUAAGUUUAA